UCCUUAGGAGAAAUAAAACAAAUACUAACCCAAAGAAUUAUUGUAUUCCAUUGUGGUUUUUUUCUGUUUCUGAUUCUCAGCUAAGCUCUGCUGCUUCCUCCUUGUUCCUCUCACAACACCACCCCCCGCUUAGAUCGGAUCUCUUCUCUUCCCCCAUUCACCACUUUCGCCUCUAACUUCAUCUCACGCCACCUGUUCUCUCCCCUUUCCAUCUUCCCCAGUAAAAUUCCACACAAACCAAAACCCCAUUAACCAAAAAAACACGUCUCCAAGUUUCUUACCUUUGUAUUCCACCACCAUCAUAUAUCAUAAACACAGAAACACAUCAGCUUUGGUUGCUUAGCCAAAACAGGGGCAGGGCCUUAUUUUUCAGGUCUUUGAUGCCUGAACAAUACCCAACUUUGCUUUCUCUGUAUUUUGGCUGGGAAUCCAAACUGGGUCUGUGUUAAAUGGGCAAUGUAACAGCUGGUGUGGCUGCAAAGUUUGCGUUCUUUCCACCAGACCCGCCGACGUAUCAUGUGUCGAAAGACGAGGGAGGGAAGGUUGUGUUCUCUGGAGUCUCGGCAGAUAAGAACAUGGAGGCGCAUUUGCUUGAGACCAAAGGAGGAAACAGAGUCGUUGCCACGUUUUGGAAGCACCCUUUUGCCAGGUUCACCAUUCUUUACUCGCAUGGCAAUGCUGCUGAUUUGGGUCAGAUGCAUGAGCUCUUCAUUGAGCUCAGGGCUCACCUCAGGGUUAAUAUCAUGAGCUAUGAUUAUUCGGGAUAUGGAGCAUCCAGCGGUAAGCCAUCCGAGUUCAACACCUAUUACGACAUAGAAGCUGUGUACAAUUGCUUAAAGACAGAAUAUGGAGUAAAGCAAGAGGAUUUGAUACUUUACGGCCAAUCUGUUGGAAGCGGACCGACACUGCACAUGGCUGCUCGGUUAAAGAGACUGAGAGCUGUUGUUCUUCAUAGUGCAAUACUUUCAGGCAUACGAGUCUUGUAUAAUAUCAGAGUGACAUUUUGGUUCGACAUUUUCAAAAAUAUAGACAAAAUACGGCAUGUUGCCUGUCCGGUCUUAGUUAUACAUGGAACAGAAGAUGACAUUGUCGAUUUGUCCCAUGGGAAGCGUUUAUGGGAACUUGCCAAGGAAAAAUAUGACCCCUUAUGGGUCAAGGGCGGAGGCCAUUGCAACCUAGAAACGUAUCCAGAGUACAUUAAGCACUUACGCAAGUUCAUAAAUGCGAUGGAGAAGCUCUCACUCGCAAAUCCGGCGAAGAAGGAACUCACUCCUACCCCAAGUAUUGAAGUAAAACACAACAAGUGCUUGAGAUUUUCCAAAAAAUAGCUGGUUAUUGUUACUUCUUCUGAGAAGUAUUAGGGAAUGUAAAACAGAGAAUCCCACUGUAGUGUGAUCCUAUGUCCACUAAUAGCUAUAAUUGCUUGUAUCGUGAACGAAUCUUUGGCGGAGCUAUCAAGCUUGGUGUUUUUCUUGUUAGAUGAAUGGAUGGAAAUCAUGCAUAGUGUUUGAUCUAGAUGUUCCUUUAGAUAGUCAUCUUCACUGCUUCCUUCCUGAGUUCCUGGUGAUCUGGAUGUCAUAUGUGUAAUUAAAAGGAACGGAGCUUUAUGUAAAGAUUAUCGUCACUUUCAGAAAAGAGAAUACAUGGUU